AACUAUUUUUCCAACCUACAAAACAAAAGCCUAAAACGCGGACUGCAAGUGGUCUCGUGUUUCUUCACCUUUCACACUUCUUUCUCACGCGGUAUUCCACUUUCUUACCCCGUAGUCUUCCAUAAAACCCCCAGAAUUCACCUCCACCCGCACGAUUCUUACAGAACUGUAUAAACAUCAUACAUCCACAGACAAAAUUCCAUAAAAUUAUACUUAAAAAUCUGAAAUUGCCUAAAAAAAAAAAAGGAAUUGCGAUAUAGAAGAUGCUGAGAUCGAUCUGUUUUAGACCAUUGGAGAGAUGCUUAGGAAUUCGAAAUGAUGGGUUGUUAUGGCACAUGGAUUUGAAGCCCCACCCGUCUGGAGAUUUUUCUAUAGCUGUUAUGCAGGCUAAUUCUAGCCUCGAAGACCAGAGCCAAGUCUACACUUCGCCAUCAGCAAUUUACAUCGGCGUCUACGAUGGACACGGAGGCCCUGAAGCCUCCCGUUUUGUUAAUCGACACCUCUUCCCUUAUUUACACAAAUUUACCAAAGAACAUGGAGGGCUAUCCGUGGAUGUAAUAAAGAAGGCAUUUAAUGCUAUAGAAGAGGAUUUUACUCGACUGGUGAAGCGAUCAUUGCCUAUCAGACCACAGAUUGUUUCAGUCGGAUCAUGUUGUCUAGUCGGUGCAAUUUCAGAUGGUGAACUGUAUGUUGCAAAUUUAGGAGACUCAAGAGCAGUGCUUGGCAGCAAAUGCUCUGAUGGGAAGAGGAAUUCGGUGGUGGCAGAGCGAUUGUCAACAGAUCAUAAUGUGUCAUGCGAAAAGGUAAGGAGGGAGGUCGAAGCUCAACAUCCUGAUGAUUCACUUAUAGUUAUCAAUUGUCGUGGAGUUUGGAGAAUCAAGGGCAUAAUUCAGGUAUCAAGAUCUAUUGGCGAUGUCUAUCUGAAAAAACCCGACUUCAACAGAGACCCCCUUUUCUUACAAUUCGGAAAUCCUGUUCCUUUGAAGAGACCACUAUUAACAGCUGAACCCUCAAUUGUAACUCGGAAGCUCAGGCCACAAGAUUUGUUCUUAAUCUUUGCCUCAGAUGGCCUCUGGGAACAUCUCAGUGAUGAAGCUGCUGUGGAUAUUGUAUAUAAAUACCCAAGAGCUGGUAUAGCCAAGAGAUUAGUCGGAGCUGCCAUUCACGAGGCAGCAAAGAAGAGGGAGGUGAGAUACAAGGACAUUAGAAAGAUCGAAAAGGGAGGUAGGCGCCAUUUCCAUGAUGAUAUUACUGUGAUUGUGAUCUAUCUUGACCAUGAUCAUCGUAAAAGCCCUAAACACGAUCAAGGGUCUGUUGGCAUUACCAGCGCCCCUGUUGACAUCUUCUCCUAUAAUUCAGAUGAAAUCGAGGAAAAUCCAGUUGACAAGAUUUUCCCCAAUGAGGAGUCUCGGCAUAUAUUGGCGGUAUCCUAAAUAGAAUGUGGAAACUUGAAAAUCGGUAAUCUUGUAUACAGGUUUCCGCGUAAAUAAAAUUAUAGUUGCUGUUUGAUGCUGCGAUGAAAAGGCAAGGUUUUUCAUGUAGGUUUUUACAGAAAAUAAACAAUUUUUUUGUUCUUUGCAUGUUAGUUUUUAUUGGAGUUGAGUUAGCAGAUCGCAUUUGUACUGAUACGUAUUUUUUAAGUUGAGUUUUGCACUCGUUUAUGCUUAAGAUCAUAGACCAGCCAUAGCAUUUGCAGAGCAUGUUUCUUUCUUCUAUAUUUGCCUCAAGACACCAAUCUUGGCUACCAUUUUACAAGGACAACUGAUCAAUCUAAAUAUUCCAUUUUUAGUUUA